UGAAUCUCAGAGCGGGACCCCGCCAAACGCUGGGAGUUGGUGUUGGGAUGGAUUCCGGACAGCGGGCUGAGAGCUGGGGACAGGAGUUGGUUUGUACGGUGUGCCUCGGGCUGUUUGUGGAUCCAGUGACCCUGGACUGUGGUCACAGUUACUGCCGCUCCUGUAUCACAGGCUGCUGGCAAACCCAGGAGACCAACUUCUGCCCCGAGUGUCUGGAGGUGUUCCCGGGGCUAACCCUCAGGUCUAACCGGGCUCUCACUAACCUGGCCGGGAGGGCGAGGCAGCUGAGCAGGAACCGGGGGAUGGAGAGCCCGCAGCUCCACUGUGAGUUACACCAGGAAGAAAUGAAGCUGCUGUGUGAAACCGACCAGGAGCUCAUCUGCAGCAUCUGCCGGGACAGCCGGGAGCACAGAUAUCACACCUUCAUCCCCCUCAAUGAGGCUGUGGGCCUUUACAAGGAUCAGCUGAAAUCGUCCUUGGAUUUGGCCGCCAAAAGGAAGGCCCAGCUGCUCAAGGCUAAAUUCAACCAGGAGCAGAAGAUCUCCCAAGUCAAGGAGCAGUCACGCAAUCUGCAAGUCCACAUCAAGUAUGAAUUCACCAAGAUGCACCGGGCUCUGAGCGAGAUGGAGCGGCGCCUGGACAGAGAUCUCCGUGCACGGGAAGGGAUGAUCCUGGAGGCUAUGCGAGGGAACCUGAGGGAGAUUCAGGGUGCCCUGGACUCCGCCGAGCGGGUUCUGACUGAGUUUCAGUCCCGGCUCCAUCAGCCGGAUGUAUUGACCAUCCUCAAGGAGAAAGAUUCCUGGAAUGCCAAGAUUAGUCACAGUGCGAUGGAACUGGUGGAUAUGGCCCUUCCUCUGGGGAUAUUCAGAGGUCCCUUGCAGUAUAUUGCCUGGAGAGAAAUGCUGGACACUAUCAGCCCAGUGCCGGCCGCUCUGACCCUGAAUCCGAAAACCGCCAACCCCUGGCUGGUCCUCAGUGAGGACCAGUCCGCCGUGAGGAUGGGAGACCGAAGGCAGGAACUCCUGGACCUGCCCCAGAGGUUCGACCGGUGCGCCUGUGUGCUGGGGUCGGAGGGAUUCACAUCGGGGAGGCACUACUGGGAGGUGGAGGUGGGGGACAAGACCGAGUGGGACCUGGGAGUGGCGAAGAGGUCCUGCAAGAGGAAGGGGAGAAUCAGACGGACCCCCGAGGACGGCUACUGGAGACUGAGCCUCCGAGGUGGGAGUGAAUACACGGCCUUCACCUCACCCCCGACUAGCCUGAGCGUCGUUCCGAGGCCGAGGAAGGUCGGGGUGUACCUGGACUAUGAGGGGGGGCAAGUGUCGUUUUACAACGCAGCCAGUAUGUCCCACCUCCACACUUUCACUGACACCUUCACAGAGAAACUCUACCCGUACCUCUGCCCCUGUUUGAACGACGGUGGGAAAAAUUCAUUGUUUAUGAAAAUCUGCGGGGUGAAGGCCCACUCUCUGACAUCACCCGGCCGGAUUCUAACUCCCAGCGCAGUGGGCCCGUGAGUAAAGGGCGAUGAUCUCCCCUUGCUGUGUUAUCGGCUUUUCAGGAUUUCAGUGCCUGUCAUAACAACUAAAGCAAGGUCUUUACUCCUGCGUUCCUGGAUGGGCCCAGCAUUUAUUGCCUUUCCCUAAUUGCCCCUAAUUUAGGAGGCGGGGUUGAG